AUGUCGACUAACGACACCUUUUAUCUUCGUUACUACUCAGGUCACUCUGGGCGGUUCGGGCAUGAGUUUCUAGAAUUCGAUUUCCGUACCCUCGCCGAUGGCAGCAGUGCCGCAGUCCGAUAUGCGAACAACUCCAACUACCGCAAUGACUCCCUCAUCCGCAAAGAAAUGUGUGUGAGCUCUUCAAUGAUUCAGGAAAUCAAGCGUAUCAUUAAGGAGAGCGAGAUUAUGAAGGAGGACGACUCCAAGUGGCCGCAGAAGAACAAGGAUGGACGCCAAGAGCUGGAGAUCCGACUGGGCAGCGAGCACAUCUCCUUCGAGACCGCGAAAAUCGGUUCAUUGGUGGAUGUGACAGAGUCAGCUGACCCUGAAGGUCUGCGAGUCUUCUACUAUCUUGUCCAGGAUCUGAAGGCGCUGAUCUUCUCGCUUAUUUCACUCCACUUCAAGAUCAAGCCUAUCUAA